AUUUUGAUUUCCAAACCUGACUAUUUUUAUGUAUUUUUUUCCCAUUUGGUCCUUGGACUCCUGAAUAAUAAUUUACACCGUGUCAACACAGCCCUCCCAGCAGCAGCAGAGCUAGCCGCUGAGUAACACGGCUGUGUAAAUGACAUUGCAGCCGGCGGAAAGGGUAGUAUCGUUAAGCUAACAGCGCAGCCCUGAAUAGGCUGCAAUGGGCCUCCGAGUGACCUGACAACCAAAGUCGCCGAGUUGCCGUUCAGCUUCCAGAUGUCCACAGAUUAAACAAUGGCUCAGAGGUUGCACAGUGUCUGUGAGGCAAAUGGCUCUUUAGCAAGAUCCAACUGAGUAUACUUCUCCUUGUCCAAAUCAGAGUGUAUGCUACGGUGACGUCAGUCAUGUUUUGGAAGUUUGAUUUACACACAUCUUCUCAUCUGGAGGCUUUACUGGACAAGGAGGAUGUCACUCUCGCUGAGCUCAUGGAUGAGGAGGAUGUGCUGCAGGAGUGCAAGGCCCAAAACAGGAGGCUUCUUGUGUUCUUGUGCCAAGACCAGAGCAUGAAGGAGCUGGUUCGACUGAUUACUACAGAGCCUCCUACUGGUGUAGAGGAGACAAAGCGCUUCAAGUAUCCAAAUAUAGCAUGUGAGCUGCUGACAAGUGAUGUGGGAGUGAUCAAUGAUAAGCUGGGUAAUGAGGAGCCACUGCUGGAAAGCCUGUAUGCCUUCCUGGAGCAGCCAUCCCCACUUAACCCCCUCCUGGCGUCCUUCUUUAGCAAAACUAUUGGGAACCUCAUCACACGGAAGACUGAGCAGGUGAUUAGUUUCCUGCAGAAGAAGGAUGGAUUUCUUUCCUUGGUCCUGAAGCAUAUUGACACGUCAGCCAUGAUGGAUGUGCUCCUACGCCUUAUCAGCUGUGUGGAGCCACCGCCUCUACGACUGGAGACACUUACUUGGCUGAAUGAACAAAAACUGGCCCAGAGACUCAUAGAGCUCAUUCACCCUGAGAGGGAUGAAGAGAGGCAGUCAAAUGCAUCACAGACUUUGUGUGAUAUCAUUCGUCUGAGCAGAGACCAGGCCAGUCAGCUCCAAGAGAUUUCACAGCCUGACCCACUGCUGACUGUGCUUGAAUCGCAGGAGUGCGUGGAGCAGUUAUUGCAGAAUAUGUUCUCAGGAGAGAGAACUGAGAGCUGUAUCGUAAACGGGAUUCAGGUUCUUCUGACCUUACUGGAGAUCAGGAGGCCUGUGGUGGAUGGUGUAAUGGAUGCUCAGGGAUUUGAGAGAAGCUACACUGUUAACAGCAGUAUUUUAUUGGCCAUCCAGCCACACUUGAUACACUUCCACCAGCUACUUCUGGAGCCACCCAAGCGAGAGCCUAUGCUGACGACUUUGGGUGUGCUGGAGGAACCGCUGGGGAACACGCGUCUGCACGUAGCCAGACUAGUGGCUUCUCUGCUUUAUACCAGCUCUGCUAGCCACGCAGUCGUAGCACAGGAACUCUGCAGACUCAAUACACUGAACCUCCUUCUGGACCUGUUCUUCAAGUACACCUGGAACAACUUUCUGCAUCUCCAAGUGGAGCUUUGUGUUGCUGCUAUCGUCCGGCCCUGUGCCCACGAAAUGAGACUUCAGCCUGGCUUGGUUACCCAGGAAAAAGUCAAGCCUCAUCCAGAUGCAUCACCAGAACAGGAGUUGAACGAGACCCCGACUUCUGAACUACCAGACAGAUCUGAAAACUCUGCUCAUAACCUAAUGGUGACUCAUUUGUUUCAGCACUGCCACCUUGUCCAAAGGAUUCUAGAGGCUUGGGAAGAAAAUGAUAAAAUUCAGUCGGAUCGUGGUAUGAGACGAGGCUACAUGGGGCAUCUGACCAGGAUCGCCAACACAGUGGUGCACAAUCUGGAGAAAGGCCCGGUUCACACCCAGAUCAGUAGCCUCAUUGCAGAGCUGCCAGAGGACUACAGAGGGCGCUGGGAAACCUUUGUAGAUCAAACGCUGUCUGAGACCAACAGAAAGAACACCAUAGACCUGGUUGGCACUGGGAACCCUCGUCCUUCCUCAGAGGAUGAUAUGGAGAGCCCUUUCCCCAAAGAACUGACAAUACAGCAGGCCUUUUCAGACUACCAGAUCCAGCAGAUGACAGCUAACUUUGUGGAUCAGUUUGGCUUCAAUGAUGAGGAGUUCACUGACCAUGAUGACAGCAUUGGGGCAACUUUUGAUCGGAUUGCAGAGAUUAAUAUCAAUAUUGAUGCUGGCCAUGACAGUGCUAACACAGCUGUAUUUGAGGCUUGUUCCAAAGAGAGGAUUCAGCCCUUUGAUGAUGAGGAGGAGGACAUCUGGGAGGAGAAGGAGAUUAACUAUGCAACACAAGCCAAGUCCCGGAACAGGUUUGGUGGGUCACAGUCCUCCCAAAGCCAAGCAACCAGUAAGACCUGUGAUAUGACAGAAACUUGUGAGAGCUCCAGCAGAGCAGCAGACUCAGACUCUGACAAAGGAGAAGACCCUAAAUAUGAUCUGGACCCUUUCGCAAGUCCAGACCAGACCGAGGCAACAACGAGCACUGGAUGGGUAGCAGACUUUGGAGAAGUGAAUUCAAAGGCUCCUGCAGCAGGAGCGGGCUUCUCAGCCUGGGACACUCCAGUGUCUCAGCCAGCUGCAACAGAGGCUGAGGAGAAGGGAUGGGCCAAGUUCACAGACUUUCAGCCUUUUUGCUGCAGCUCUGAAACGGGCCCAAGAUGCAGCUCACCUGUGGACUCAGAGCUCAGUGGAUCAGACAUCCCCAAACAAAACCAAAACCCAUGUGUGUGGAGUGUUUGCGUGGCAAGGAAAGCACCACUAGUGGCAUCAGACAGCUCCUCCUCCAGCAGCUCCGACAGCGAUGAGGAAGAAGCAAAGACAGAAUCCACAUCCAGUGAGACGGUCACCACAGAGACCAUCACCACAGGUGCUGGCAAGGAGACCAUCCGGCUCACCGUUGACGCCAAAAAUGAGAGGGCAGUCUUCAGCAGCGACGUGCCAGUGGAAGGGCUCGCUAACGAUAAAGAAAGUGGCAAAGGUGAAAAAGGAAAGCAACAUGGGAACAGUUCCAGCCCAGUUACUGCUGAUUCAGCUAACCAGGCAGCUGCUGUUACACAAGAGAUGCAGUCCCCCGCUAAUGGACCGGCCUAACGAAGUGGUGCAGGAACACACUUCAUACCUGAUCAUUCAACACACAGCCACGCCACCUUUGCUUCCUGUUAGCAGUCCAUCAAUACCCUCGUUUGUGUCUAAAAGACAUGUAAGUGAAUGGAAGAUCCUUAGUGCAGAGCUCGAGCAGUAUUUAUAAUGGAUACCAGAAAUCAACACAUGGGUACUAGUGAUGUCUCUAAUGCGCCUUCAUGACAUCAUUACAAAUGAACCGCUUCAAAAAGAAUUGUGUGUUUUAUAAAAACAUUUCAUUGUGCCAGGCACACCAAAGCCAAACUGUGUUACAUACGAACUUUUUCAAGAUGAAUUUCUUUCCCAUUAAACUUGGAAAUGUAAACACCUUUAUCUGUCGGGAUCUGCUGAUGUGCCAGCUGCACUUUUAAUGUUAAGAAAACACCCUAUUCUGAAAUUUGACAUUUUAUUAAAUUAAGCACCGGGAUUUCAGAUUAUUUGGGUCUGUCUGCUCUCCAGGUAUAAAUACGGUCCAGUGGAUUUUUUUUUCUGUUUUCUAGGAGAGCAUUUGACUGUUUACACUUUAGUAACAAAAAGCAUUCAAAUAAUCAGCCAAGAUUACAGACGCCAAGAUGCUUGCAAAGCUAGCUAGCCGCCAUUUUGUGUUCAACAUUUCAGUCUUCGUGCCGGGCAGACAGGUCAUUAUAGCAAAUAUGCGACUUAUCUGAUCGUUUCUCAGUCAAGUAAGUUUUUAUCUCCUUGGAUCACAUGACGCGCAAGUGCUCUCUAUUUGUUAGUUUGGAGCAUUGGAUUUGGGGGCCUCGCGUGUGUCACUUCCUCCUCCUGACAGAUUCAAGUAGUUUAGGGGUACGUGUGUGCGUGCGUGUGUGUGUGUGUACUGUUGUGUCCAUGUGUAUAGACGUGUGUGCCGGCGUGUGUGUUUGAGCUCUGUCUGAGGUACAGAGUAUGUUUCUCAGGUCAAAGGAGAGGUAUGCAGAUAGAAAGAAAGCACACCUGUGUAACACACACGCAGACACACAGUGCCAUACACACACACAAGUGUACACAACCAUAUCUAGAUGCAAAAAAAAACAAAAAAGGAAAAAAAUGGCAGCCCACAUAUAAGUUCAUACCACCCUCAGAGCUGUUUAAAUGUAAUAUUGUGAAAUUUGAACCUGUAUUAGGUUGUGGCUCUUCUUGGUAAUCUGUAAACGUAAUAUAAAUGUAAACAGUAUAUAUAUAAACAUCAUAUCUAUUUUUGGAAUAAAUCCAGUGUACGGAAAGGCGGUUGUUUUGCAGGUUGCGACGUGUGUAUCGUAUGUGUGUCGUACUGUCGAAAUGAGGCAAUAAUGAUGUCUGUGUUUCGGUUAAUAGGCCAGCAUCAGUUCAUGUUUCUUUGCUACAUGCUUCCUACAUGGCAGUUUAGGAGUGUGCAUGCUGUGAAUACGAUUUGGUUGUCUGCGGUACGUCUUCCAUUUUGUUUACUUUGAGGAUGAUUCUUGUUAAUGACAGCUUGGGUCUUUUUUUUUUUUCUUUAUUUCCACCAUGUAUCAAUUUUAAACCCAUUUUGCAUAAUUUAAAUAGUCAAAUUCGGGGGAAAAAUGAUGAUAAACAAUAAAAUAGUCCCUGUACUGCUUUUUGAUCAUAUCGUUUGUGUACACAUGUGUUUCCACUGUAACAACGAUGAUUAAUUUAAACUGGAUCUGAACAAAUGUGUUAGUUAGAGCAAUAAUAAAUCAACAGAAGCACAUUAGGCACAUAUUUUUAUAAUCGGUAAAUUAAUGUUGCCUAAUUUAGCUGCUCCAUUUCCUGCUUUAACUUCAUUUUGGAUUUUCAAAAGACUGGUCAGACCAAAACGCUUAAAUUUACUUGGCAGAUUAGAGGUGCCUUGUGGAGUUUACUUACAAAGGAAAUAUUGUGACCUCAAGUGUCAUUCACCAAAACCCAUUGUUCUCUAAGAAACGUCUGGAGUGCAUUUCCUUUUGCAAUGCAUUCAUUGGUAGAUAUUUCAAAUCCAGCAUUGUUUACAUUCUUGUUUACUUGGUAGCAGUCUUGUUCUUCCUGUCGAUCAGUGUAGUGUCUGCAGCCACUUGCAGGAAUGUGUAACAUUACUCACAUUCUUGCACAAGUGGAGCAAUGGCAAGACGUAGAAAAAGGUGCGAUAGAACUGCUAGAGGCCGAGAAUUCCCGGGGGUGAAACUUGAGUCAGUAAUGAAAAUCAACAUUAGUUGCAGCAACACCAUCAGUGCUCACUGAGGUGGCACACCAUUAAGUUAGCUGUCUGAUCUUUCCUGCUUCAUCAAAUCUAUACUUGUUAUAAACAGUUAACCGGUUUAAUCCAGUCUGGUCAUAAUCAGAUUACAUUAAACAACACAAUACGUAAGAAAACGUGACCCAAGUUGUGACGUACUGAAUUAUCCUUUAAAAUCUGCGUGUGCCAGACAGUCAUCCUUUACGUCAUCUUUCUCCUCGUCUCUCUCUUUCUCAGGGUAGGAGUCGAAUUAAAUUGCAUUUAAUACCUAUGGAACGAUUCUCUGAGAUUGUUGUAUUUAUUUUAAAAGCACUUUUUCAAGAAGCACUUUUUGGUUUUUGGUUUUUUAAUUUGGUGGCGCUAAGCGCCCCUACGUAAUUCCCUCCCUCAGAGCGAUGGGAAUGUUUGACUUGACGAGUGAAUCACAUAGACACUUUAGAAUAUCUUUUUGUAGUUGUUUUUUCUUCAAUGCUUUCUGCCAGAGUGUGUCUUCCCACCAGUGUACAACUGGGUUUCAUAUCUGUGAAGUAGCCUCUUUUCUUGCAGUGGUCUUAGAGGUGUAGAUUUAUCUGAAGCAGCCUUUGUUUGAUCCCUUGCUCAUGUUUUUUUUUUUCUUUGUGAAUCAUGUGAUGGAGUUAUUAGCUGGAGAAGAGAAUGCCACAAGUCAAAGAAAGACUUUGAAGAUUCGUCUUAGAUCACAGCUCUUUUUCUUCCUCCUCUGCUUUUAUCUGUUCACCGCUUUGAGCCGUUUGAAGUGAAACUGCACAGAGCUAGCACCGCUUCGUUGCCAGGGUUAAAAGAGGAAAAAUAGGGCUGCGUUUGUCAGGGUUGUUCACAUGGUCAGAAUAUGUCAUCCCACCCGUCACUAAGCCUAAGCAGUGCUUCUGGCCUAUACCAUUUGUGUGUAUGUGUAUUUAAUGUGUGUUUGUGUGCCCCCUUCAGUUUGAGAGUGUUUUAGCUACGGGUAUGUUGUCACAUUAUGCAUAAUGGUACGUUGCAUUCAUCUCUAAGUGCCAUUAAGUUUGCACAUUAGCCUCGUUCACCUCUUUUUGGGCAUUCGCUGUAUUGCACAGUGUGUGCCCCAAACUUUAUAGAGAAACAAUGGGUGUGAAGUUGUUACUUACCAAUUACUUAUUAUUUACACUGAGACCAUUUCAAAGUUUUUCUCACAUUAUAGCUUAUUAUUAUAUUAGGGCAUGUGUGUGCAGAUGUGUGGGGGAGUGGUGGGAAAAACAGCCGUGUGGUUAAAUGCCUUUUUUUGUAAAGCGGACUGAUGCUGGUGUCUUUGUUUUUGGGUUCUUUUUUUCAUUUAGAGUAAUGUGUCUGUUACCUGUUGUCAAUUUAGCUUGUACAUUCAGA